AUGUCGACAAUUUGCUUUAUAGCGCUAACAGCAGUCAGUUUGUCAGUCUGUGAGCCAAACUAUCAACCUCAGCAGCAGCCCGGUGGGAACGAUUUUAGCGGUGCCGGUGGAGGCGUUAACGCCGGAAAUGCACUCUACGGUGCAACCAACCAACAGCAACAACAACCGAGACCUUAUCCACCCGCGGGUGCACCAUCCCGCUUUCGACCAGCGGCGGCUCCAGCCUCCACGCCUGCCCCUACCUUCUUCCAGCGCAUCUCCAAUUGGUUUUCCUUCUUGGGCGAUGAUAGUGACGAACGGCGGCCGGCACUGCAGCAACAGCAGCAGCCGCAAAUUCCGCAACUUCCACCCCAACGGAAGCUGCCUCCACCGCAGUACACCGCACAGCCGACUCCAUCUGUGCAGACCCAGCAACAGCUCCAAUUUCAACAACAACAACAACAGCAACAGCAGUUCCAACAACAGUAUCAACCACAGCUGCAACAACCGAUACAGCAACAGUUUCCCUAUCCGUUUCAAUUUCGCAAUGGAAGCAGAGCGACACAGCUCAAUCCAUCAUACCAGCAAGACGCCGGUGUGGGCUUCCAGCCCAGUGCUCCGAUACAGGAAAGUGGUUCCAGCUAUCAUGCGGCGGUAGCACCGGGAGUAGUGCCUCAAAACCCGUUUGUACCCUCCACGCUGCAGCAACAGAUCGUCCCGCAGGUGAACGUAUUCCGCGAUCCAGAGCCAACCACUGGCAGGGCGCCUGUGGCGAAUAAUAUUGGAGACGUUAAUUACCAUCCGUGCAACAAUGUGCCCUGGGUACCGAUAGCAGCACCACCCGAAUACCCGACCGCCGUCGGUGGCUCCGGGGGAGUAGCUGGUGGACCACCAAAAUCACCACCACCAAAUCGACCACCACCGAUCAAGAUACAAGUCGCUCAAAAAGGGCAAGUCCAAUCGGUCAGCCCGUAUUCUGGUGGUGGGUCCGGUUCAGAACCCGCCAUUAUCACCGCGGCUCCUCACUCGCAGCAGCUGAUUCAACUGCAGCUCCAGCAGCAACAAAAUCAACUGCAAACCCUUCAACUGCAGCAGUUGCAACUGCAACAGCAACAACUUCAGCAGCAACUUCAACAAUUGAGAACAACCACCAGCAGCCCACCGGUUCCAGCGGCAGCGGUUGGUGCUCAUUUCAUCACGAAAACACCGGACAUACUGGUGACGGCCGGGCCGUCAUCUACACCGCAACCUAUCACACUGCGCCAGGUGUCGGCCUCUUAUUUUACGAACAAGGAGUACGCUCCACCGGCCAAGCUGCUACCGAUUCAGAACGAAGGUAAGCCCCUGGCACCGAUUCCUCUGCCGAACCUGAGUGCGACGCCGAUACCACCGCUCUACACGGCCGGAUCCUUCCACAACGAUCCGUACAAGUUCUAUCGACCCUACCGACCGGUAGAGCCCAUCCUAGAGCUUGGCCACGGUUACCCAACGUCCUCAAAGUCAAUGUCCAACAGCUACAUCCGCUAUCCGCACGAACCGGCCGGCAAGAAUGAUUCCAUCUUCGACGUAGAACAAUUCGCAUCUUCAGCCUCGUCGUCCAUCUACACGACCGUGGCGUACUCGAACGGGGAGGACUCGAAGCCCGAGGCGUCGGAAAAGCGCAACGUGGCCACCAGCAGCAAUGGAAACAGUGGAGCAAGUGUUCCACACAGGGAAGGCAGUAACGGCGACGAUGCCGAAUACGAUUCCGAAGAAGACGAUCACGGUUCACCGAUCAUCCGAACUACGAUCGAAGUAUCGAGCGUUGUGCCCCAAACGCGUUACUACGGCUCAACGACUACCACUUCCCCUACACCUUCGCCAAGGCCGGAACGCUACAGUACCUUCCCACCACCGGCCCCGGCCGAUCUUGGCAACGGUGUGCAGAUUAUUUACUCGGCCAAUUUGCAAACUAAUCCUCCGGUUGAUACGGUGAACAACAACCAGUUGAGCGAUGAGGAAGAAACAACCGAAGCGGCCGCUCAACGCGUCAUUCAAACUACGGCCCGUCCGCCAACGACCGUUACCACUUUGGAGGCGGACUCGACUCCACCGACCGACAUUUACUCGGAACCAUUCCACAUAGGAUCCAGUCUGCCGAUGGAGUUUCAGAAACGACCCACAUCGGAACCUCCCAGCCAAACGGCAGAGGAGACAGUGUCGACGAGUGAAGAGACUUCGACUUCCACGGUUCCUCCACUACCAUCCUCACUGACGGCAACGUUCGGCGGUUAUCAAAAUUUGAUGUCCACAAAGAAACCCAAACAAAUUCAGAUCAUAAUUCCCUACAACACGUACAAGAAACCUGAACCGUUUAGGCCACUGCCCGCACAGGAGAACGUGGAAGACUUGGACUACAACGCACCGGAAGAGUCGAGUAUCGUAACGUCGAAGCAUUCGGGACACUCUGGACCAACUCCACCGUCCGGUAACGCCAUCCAGCAGUCGACGAAACCCAAAACCCGAUUCAUUGAGAACGAUUCGGUCAAGUACUUCCAAUCCACCACACAUCUGAAGGAGAUUCUCCAGAAGGAAACGACACAACCGUUCAUGAAGGCCCCUACAAAGACGCCUCCCAAACCGGCCAAGGUGAAGAAGGUCCGCCCGGUAGAGAUCUCCAAGGAGUCAAAGCCAUUCACCGUGCGGAUACCGAAGAUGACACCGCUGCCACCGGUGGUAAGCUUGAGCAGUUUGACCAGCGUACGCGGUGGAAUGGAACGUCACACAACACCACUGCCCGACAGUGGUGUUGCCUCCACCGCCGGCACUGGCGGCGCUGGGUCACGAACUCCGUCUCCCCCGGUUGCACUGUCCAAGUACGCUAAACCGGUCACACCUCACUACGUCAACGUGACCCGGGUGAAGAUCUCACCGACGACCUACGCGCAAAAGUCGCGCACGACCAUCUCGCAGCUGCUGCGCACAACCAAGAUCAUCCCGAAAGGUCCCAAGCUGUUCGGUAACGAUUUGCUCGUAUCGGAGACGAGUCGCACGGUGAGACCACCGCUAUCGCCAGCAUCUACAACGUACCAGCAGCAUCAUCGGCGCACAACGUUACUGACGACAUCGUCCACAACUCCGCAAACCACCACGACCACUACGACCACGGUGCAGCCACCCACGGUGCAGGAAGCGGAUCGGGAUAACACGGUCGGCCCGAUUUACGAACGCACCAUCGAUUGGGACAUCGAUCCGAACGAGCUGCAGCGUAAGAUCGACACCUGGACCGAGCAGGAGUUCGGGUCGGAUGACUUUGCGCGCAAAUCCAGCACACUGUCGCUGCACCGCGUCACCAAGGCUAUUCCCUGGGAGUUCCUGACAUCGACCAUGCUGCCCGCACUGCACGACAAACCGGGCAAGAGCAGUCGGUCCGGAUGGCAGCAUGUCAAGAUUGCCAUAUCUCCCAUCACCAAGGAGAAGAUCUAUGUCGUCACACCGCAACCGUGGACGGCGGCUCUGCUGAACAAUCACCAGCAACAUCCAUCGCACAACCGUCAUCACAACCAUCAUCAGGAGCACCAUCAUCACCAUCACGCGCAACCGCCGCAGGUUCUUGAGGAACGCAAUGGUCGGGUACUGACGCCACGGUUUAGUGUGCGGCCAACGCCACUGUACUACAAGGGUGGAGGCAUCUACCAGACCGGCUCAUCGACGGUGGAUGUAUCACCGGAAUCUGUGAACGAUCUACUGGAACAGAAGCCGAAGCAUCGAUUCAGCAGUAGCAGUAUCACCGCCGGCACUGGAACAAAGGUGAAACACCUUCUCCAGCAGCGAAAGUACGUCCGGAAGAAACUGCCCUACGGUGGUCCGGGCACGGACCGGCCCAGUUCCAGCCGGGAGGAUGUGUAG